AACAACCAAAUCAUUAUUUGAAGUUUAUUUCCCAUGUCUUUUCGCUCUUUCUGGCGACGCGAAAAGUUUCAAGGUUAAAAUUGUUGCGCCAACUUCCACGUUACGCAUUUGGCGGCUCUUUCUUUGGCUGAAUAUCUGCCAAGUGCAUAUGCAUUUCUUGCCGAGGGCGGCAAAAAAUUGCUGCCGUCUAAGCCAAGCAUGACGAAAAGCCACCGACCUUUCUAGCAGCAUAAUACGAAAAGUUUCUAUCCCACCUUCGCCCUUGGAACGUUUAAUCUUUAUUUAAUCUGUUUUAAAAAUUUAGUUUUGCGAUGUUACAAGAUGUAAUCCUAUCCAAAUCAUACUUUGCUAUCUUCAGAUAAGUUCACUGACAUUUAAGAAGUUUGUUGGAUGUUUUGUUUUCUGUGCUAGCGGCAUCCGAAUCUAAAUUUUGUCUGUGUAUUUAUUUUUAUGUGCUACAUUUGAUCAGGAUUUUGUAUUCUUGUUUUUUAGAUUUGUAUAGUGCUAAUAAAUACUCUAUUAGAUGAGUAUAGAAGUUUCUAGUUAAUUAUACAUCUCUCGUUCUUUGUAGAAAGAUCAAUAAUUGUGAUUUUGAAGUGUUAAAAGUCUUUCAAGAAUUUUCUCAUGAGUUUUUGACAAAGAAAAUUGCACCUGUGGAUAUAUUUACCUGUUAGGCAAUAGAACCAGUGGAUACUUAUUUGAAAAGUUUUUUUAACGUGUGGAUCUACCGGAAAUAAUUUAAUUGUGCGUUUUCCUUUGUGAAUUCAUCAAUAUUUAGCGAAAACAAUUGAAGAGGUAUGACUUGUAAUUAUUCAGCCGUUGUUCUCUUUUGAUCAUUAGUACAUGACUGUCAUGAGAGAAGAAGAUUUUGAAGUUGCUAUUAAAGUUGUGGUAGUUGGCAAUGGGGCUGUUGGAAAAUCAAGUAUGAUCCAGAGGUAUUGCAAAGGGAUUUUCACCCAUGCUUACAAGAAAACAAUUGGUGUUGAUUUCCUAGAAAGACAAAUUGAUUAUAAUGGGGAAGAUGUCAGAUUAAUGAUCUGGGACACUGCAGGCCAAGAAGAAUUUGAUGCUAUAACAAAAGCUUAUUAUCGAGGUGCUCAGGCUUGUGUUUUGGUUUUUUCUACUACUGACAGAGAUUCUUUUAAAGCCAUUGAAUCUUGGAAAAGAAAAGUGGAAAAUGAAUGUGGGGAGAUACCUACAGUUCUAGUUCAAAACAAAAUUGACUUAAUUGACCAAGCUACUGUUGCUAAGGAUGAAGCUGAACUUUUAGCAAGAAGACUGAAGUUAGACUUCUUUAGGAUAUCUGUAAAAGAAGAUUAUAAUGUAUCAGAAGUGUUUCGUCAUUUAGUGAAAAGGUACUUGGAGUUAGCUAAUGAACCAAUUGAAGAAAUAACACCAAACAUACAUUCUCUUGGACAUCAUGACUAUGAUGGCUAUCCUCCACAUAAUGUAUAUAUGCGUUCUUCAUUUUCAAAUCCUACAAAUGGAACAAUAUCUCUGCACAAACCCAAACGAAGCAAAAGUGGGAAGAAACACUUUUUUAGGAGUUGUCGUUUGUUGUAAUAGAUAGAUAUUUUGUAUUAUUGGAAUAUGAUAUGUGUUGUAUCAAAAAGUUUGUUAUUUGAGGAAUAUAAUUCUGGUGUGUAAUGUUUGCAAGUAUUCUCUUGAAUACUGUACUUGUGAGUUUGUUAUCUUGUGCCUUUUAGUGUGCUCUGUUAAGGUUGUUCUUCAAAUGCUCUGUCAUCAUGCGAAAUAUUAUUUUAUAAGCGAAUAAUUUUUUAUUUUCAUAGCUAUUGUGUGACAGUUUAUCAUGGCUUUUGUUUUAUCAAUCUUUAGUCAGUGUUUUCUAUACCAAUUAGGAAAAUUGCACAAUAAGGCAAAAGUAAAAAGUGUUUGUUGUAAUUUUUUGAUUUUGAAAAGUCACUCCAACAUUCAUAAAUAUGCAUAAAAGUUAAGAAAUAUUCAUUAAUUUUACCAAUUUUUUUUAAGGUGAGAAAAAUCUUGCCAAAUGUUCCAUAAAUUUUAAAAUAUUUACAGAGGUACCAACUAUUACUCAAUCAUAGUCAGUCUUGCCGUUUUUAAGAAUUUACGUAAAAAUCUGUUUAAAAUAUGUUUUUUUCCCUUUACUACCUAGAGGAAAAUUCAAUUUUCUUGUUUACAACUGAUCUAUGAUAAUUAUUCCCUUAUCUUUUCAACAAGCUAUUCUGAAACUUUACUAUCUCUUCUUAUGAAAAAGCAAAACAACAUAAAUUCAAGACUGAAAUACUGUGAGCAAAAACUUAUAGUGGUCAAAAUGUGAGAUGAUAAAAGACGAGAUGGGCUAGCUCUAAUUUAAUCAAAAGCUAGAACAUUGAUUCCAAGUAAUCAAUUUAAUUUUAUCAUUUUAUAAUGAAGUAUAAAAUUUAAUUUUAAUAUAAUUUUUAAUUUAAUACCUAAUUAUAUAAUUUUAAAUUAUUUAAGUGCAAUAACUCAGAAACAUAUUUAGUGGGCUUUUACAAAAUUCAAAUUAGAUCAAUUUGAGGGUAUACUUAAUCCUAUAUAUGCAUAUCAUAUUAAUGAAAUGUGUGAAUUUGCUAUUUAAUAGCAAAUUAAUUAUAUUAACAUGCUACUAUAUGCUUUUACUAAUUUAAUUUUAUUAAUAUGAUAUAAUAUGAUAUAUGAUAUACAUAUAUAGGAUUAAGUAUACCCUAAAAUUGCACUCAUUUGAAUUUGUAAACAAUGUGUGAGUUUGUUAUUUAAAAGCAAAAAAUUUUUAUUAAUAUGAUAUACAUAUAUGGGAUUAAGUAUACCCUAAAAUUGCACUAAUUUGAAUUUUCUAAACACCAACUAAAUAUAUUUCUGAGCUACUGUACCGAUAAUAACUAGGUUAGAAAGUUGGCACUUAGUAGUAGAGAAAA